AUGAAAGCUCGAUCAACAACUCAACAAGGACGACUUGAUACAUUCUUUUCAAUAUCUCGCAACAUUUCGACAGCAGCAAAAACAGUUAAAAAACCUGAAAGUCCUGUGACUAUGAAUAAAGGUCUUAAACGUAAAGCUGCAACAGCCGACAAGAAAUCUAAAAGCAAAGCUGGUGCAGGUUCAGCUAAAAAGUCAAAAGUCAAAUAA